GGCUUCACACCUUUUCUUCCAAAUAUUACAUUACGCUACAAUCCGAACUUACAAGAGAAUUGCAGAUAUGAUACUCUCUUCAGCUCUCUACUUGACAGAUUUAUAUCUGCUAGACAUAAUGGCCACUCUAGAUAUUUUUUGGAGUCUCCAGCAUGUUUUCUGGCUGUCGCAGGAAUGUUUGUGAGCGGCUUCUACUGGCAAAUAACGGUCUAGUGAUAUGAUUCCUCACUUGGUCCUUGCAUUUCUGUGCCGGAAAAAUGUACAGCUGAAGAUUUUGGGCGCAGCAGAUACCAGAUACAUCGUGUUCGACGAAGACUGGCGAAUCUUAUUUGCAGUGAUGUCUGCCAAAUGUUCUUAUUCUUCCUGCUUUGGCCCACCGCCUUAAUUUUGCCACCAACCAUGGCACACCCCACCUACCUCUCUUGUUGUCAGCCUUCUCACAGGUACCUCAACGUGGCGGAGGGACAAAUGGAUGUUUAUCGACACUGCCUCAAAGCCAUGCCGGUUUGACAGACUUGCCGUGAUUGUUAUGUCCUCAAUCAUGCUUGAUAAAAUUUGCUGAACGAUGCAUCUCAUUCUCAUAUCGAAAACCUAACCCAACAAACUCAUCCCCAAAAUCCAAGGCGAUCAAGACCUGAAACCUGCCUAUUUCGAUAGACCAUAUCACGAUUUACGAUUUCAGAAGAAAAGCUAGAGUUUCAUAUCUUGAGCUUUCCACGAAGAUUGAAUUGCAAAACGAUUUCUAAAUGGAUCCCUACCAGUACCAAUCGAUCAAUCUCGGUCGACCUUCUAUUCGACUUCUCCAACUCCACAAAGGGCACUGGUCCGAUAAAAUUCGAGGUCAUUUCAUCAGUGCCUGGUUUGACGAUCCUGAUAGUAUCAUACCAUAUUCUGCACUAUCGUAUACAUGGGGAUACAUUGACAAAGUGGAAGAGGUUAUAAUUGACAGCGCCAGAAUCAAAGUGACUUUCAACUUACACAUGGCACUCAUGCAUCUAAGAUCUCAGGAAGAGGAUCAAAUCUUUUGGAUUGAUGCUUUGUGUAUCAAUCAAGAGAAUUUCCACGAGAAAAUCCAUCAAAUCAGACAGAUGGGCGAUAUAUACAAGAAGGCUGAAAAGGUCGUGAUUUGGUUAGGUCGUGGGACUGAAGAAACUGACCUGGUGAUGGAUGCCAUGAAGCGGCUGCGGAAGGCAAGUUUAAGUUGGCAUUCAGCAGAGUGGAGAGAUAAAGCCAGUGGUUGGGUCGAUGAAAACAAUGAACACUUGUCGAAUUUGCGCGAGCAGAUGAGAUUGAUAUUGGAUCGGCCAUGGUUUCGAAGAAUCUGGAUCCUGCAAGAAGUUGCCAAUGCUCGGCGAUCAACGACAGUUCAUUGUGGUAACAAAUCUAUCUCCGCUACGAUAUUUUCCCAGUUUCCGGCUCUGGUUGCUUUGAACCCACCUGUGCAUGUUCAGUCAGUUCUGGAUAUAAUGCCUGGAAUCUCGCGAAAUGAAUCUUGGUGGGCGCAAGGUCAGAAGCUCCAAACAUUAAUACUGAAGUUCCGCGAAAGCGAGGCGACUGAUGAUCGAGAUAAGAUAUAUGCAUUACUGGGUAUGUCUUCAGACACGUAUAGGAGUAACAUUCUAAACUCCAAGUACGAUAAAUCAUCCCAGCAGGUCAUUCGAGAAGCCGUUUCAUUCAUAUUAUCUGAAAAUUAUUCUCAGCUGGUAGAUGAUGUGUCACUCUAUCAGUUCAUUGACUGGAGUUUGACAAAGUUUCUAGAUAAUAUAGAAGAUUUGGAAGGUGCUAUGUUAAUGGAUGCGUUUGAAGGAGCAGAAGAAGGAUUUCUCAAACUAUUGAUUGAAACAGAUGUGUGUCGAAUUAGCUCGAGAGGCUUUUUUGAUCGAACUCCGGUGCAUUGGGCCGUUCAAAGAGAGCAGCCAACCAUUUUAAAGAUGUUGCUUGACCCACCUCUGUGUAGUUUUGAGAAAGUAGACUCCUUUGGUCAAAACCCAUUGUCAUUAGCCGUUCAAACUGGAAACGCUAAAAUUGUCGAGCUAUUACUUGAUGCAGGCGCAAAAACUGAGGAUAUUCAUUUUAACGGUCAAACACCAUUGUGGCUAGCCAUUCAAAUGGAAAACGCCAAAAUUGUCGCGCUAUUACUCGAUAAAUGCGCAGAAAUUGAGGAAGGACAUUUGAUGCUAGCUGUUGAAAAAGAAAUUGUUGAUAUUGUUGACCUACUUGUUCAGAGGGUUACUAAAUCCAGAGCAAAGAAUAUGGCUGGAUACGGCGAAUCAUUACCUAGACCAUUAUUAUCGGCAAUUGAUAACGAGAAUUACGAUAUUAUCAAAUUGCUACUUGACCAUGGCGCGGAGAUCAGCGUAAGGUACUUGCAGCUUCUUUUUACUCAAUCCAGAAACAGAAUUGUUGAGUUUUUGAUUGAUUACGGCGCUGAAAUUGACGCAACAGCUUCGCAGAGCCAAACGGCACUGCUGUUAGCAGUUCGAUUUGAAAAGAUUAAUUCGGUCAGAUCAUUAAUUAAGAUGGGAGUCGCGCUUGAAGUUCAAGAGUACUGGGGUCGAACGCCGUUGACGGUAGCUGCAGACAAUGGACACUAUGAAUUAGUGAAACUAUUACUUGAAAACGGUGCCGAACUUUCCAGUAGAGAUGGCUACGGCGAAACAGCGUUAAUAAAAGCGAUCGUACUUCAAAAUCAACAAAUGGUCGAACUAUUGCUUGAAAAGCAUACUGAAUUUCACGAUAGAGAGAUACACUACCGAGAAGCAUUUACAACGGCGGUCAAAUCCGAAAAUAAGGAAGCCAUCGAACUGCUGCUUGAGAAAGGUGUUGAUUUCGAAAGAAAAGAUGAAUGGGGUGAUACAGGAUUAUUAAUGGCCAUCGAACAAGAAUAUUCCUCCGCCAUACGGAGAGGUGCCACACGGGAAAGUCACGCCAUCGUUAAGUUGUUACUUCGGAGGGGCGCGGAUAUUGAAGCAAAGAAUAAAUUUGGCAGAACAGCAUUGGCGGUCGCUGUUAUGAAUGGAAGAGUAAAUAUCACUCGGCUUUUAAUUGGUAAGGGUGCGAAGCUCGAAACACAAGAUGAUAUGGGAAGAACACCGUUGCAGAAUGCAAUGAUUUCGAAUGAUUACUGGCUAAGUUAUAAUGUUCGGGAAGAAGUUGUUGCAAUUUUGCUUGCAGAGGGUGCGGAGCUCGAGACAAGAGACCAAGAGGGGAAAACACCGUUGCAGAAUGCAAUAAUUUCGGAUUGGUCAUGGACAAAUGAUUGGUAUCGACAAGGGAUUGUUACGCUUUUGCUUAAAAAUGGUGCUAAGCUCGAAACACGAGAUCAGGAGGGGAAAACACCUUUGCAGAAUGCAAUGGCUGCUUGCCGGGGGGGAGAGGCUUCAGAACUCGUUGCGCUUUUGCGCAAGUGGCAAAAGCGCAAGUGGAGUAAAAUUUAUGGAAUUAGGAUUGGAAGAAGGUCAAGAUCACGCUUGUUAGCUAAGCUAGUAUCGAAACGAAAUAAAAUCUGCUGUCGAUUACGAGGAGAUGUUGGAUGAUCUAGAGUUCUCAUUAUAUCCUCGGAGCUAUGAAACUGCUCAAAUACUCUUCUUUCUGCAGCUGUACGCAACGGACUUAUGAUGGCAGUUGAUCAAUUGCAAAGCCAUGUCUGUUUUUCAAAUCUCAGAGAGCGGCCGGAUAUCUCCA